GUGUCCACACUUAGCCACUGCCCCUUACCCCUGCGCCUCACUGGGCGCCAAGACUGCAGGUGGCUGGCCACCUGUCUUUCGCCGCAGCGGAGCCGAGGCUGCACCUGUGUAAAAGCCCGACAGGCAGGAUGGGCGACAUGGCCAACAGCUCCAUCGAGUUCCCCCCGAAGCAGCAGCAGCAGCAGCGGGAUGCCCCCCAGGCAGGUGGCUUCGGGUGCACGCUGGCAGAGCUGCGCGCCCUCAUGGAGCUCCGAGGGGCCGAGGCACUGCAAAAGAUCCAGGAAGCCUACGGGGACAUCGGCGGGCUCUGCCGGAGGCUGAAGACUUCACCCACCGAGGGCCUGGCGGACAACACCAAUGACUUGGAGAAGCGCAGGCAGAUCUACGGACAGAACUUCAUCCCCCCCAAGCAACCCAAGACCUUCCUGCAGCUGGUGUGGGAGGCCCUGCAGGACGUGACCCUCAUCAUCCUGGAGGUGGCUGCCAUUGUGUCCCUGGGCCUCUCCUUCUAUGCACCGCCUGGAGAAGAGAGUGAAGCCUGCGGGAAUGUGUCUGGUGGGGCGGAAGACGAGGGUGAAGCAGAGGCCGGCUGGAUCGAGGGGGCUGCCAUCUUGCUGUCUGUCAUCUGCGUGGUGCUGGUCACAGCCUUCAAUGACUGGAGCAAGGAGAAGCAGUUUCGAGGCCUGCAGAGUCGAAUUGAGCAAGAGCAGAAGUUCACAGUCAUCCGGAAUGGGCAGCUCCUCCAGGUUCCUGUGGCAGCCCUGGUCGUAGGGGAUAUCGCCCAGGUCAAGUAUGGAGACCUGCUGCCUGCUGAUGGUGUGCUCAUCCAGGGCAAUGACCUCAAGAUCGAUGAAAGCUCCCUGACAGGCGAGUCCGACCACGUGCGCAAGUCAGCUGACAAAGAUCCCAUGCUGCUGUCAGGCACUCACGUCAUGGAAGGUUCGGGAAGAAUGGUGGUGACAGCUGUUGGUGUGAACUCCCAGACAGGCAUCAUCUUCACCUUGCUGGGAGCUGGCGGAGAGGAGGAGGAAAAGAAGGAUAAGAAAGGCAAGCAGCAGGAUGGGGCGAUGGACAGUAGCCAGACCAGAGCCAAGAAGCAGGAUGGGGCGGUCGCCAUGGAAAUGCAGCCCCUGAAGAGCGCAGAAGGCGGGGAGAUGGAGGAGAGGGAGAAGAAGAAAGCCAGCGUGCCCAAGAAGGAGAAGUCGGUCCUGCAGGGCAAGCUCACGAAGCUGGCUGUGCAGAUUGGGAAAGCAGGGCUGGUGAUGUCCGCCAUCACCGUCAUCAUCCUGGUCCUCUACUUUGUCAUCGAGGCCUUUGUUGUGGAUGGCCGGGUGUGGCUGGCAGAGUGCACGCCAGUCUAUGUGCAGUACUUUGUGAAGUUCUUCAUCAUCGGCGUCACUGUGCUGGUUGUGGCCGUCCCCGAGGGCCUGCCUCUUGCUGUCACCAUCUCCUUGGCUUACUCUGUGAAGAAAAUGAUGAAGGACAACAACCUGGUCCGCCACCUGGAUGCCUGCGAGACCAUGGGCAAUGCCACAGCCAUCUGUUCAGACAAGACGGGCACGCUCACCACCAACCGCAUGACUGUGGUCCAGUCCUACCUAGGAGACACCCACUACAAGGAGAUUCCAGCCCCCAGCGCCCUGACCCCCAAGAUCCUUGACCUCCUGGUCCACGCCAUCUCCAUCAACAGUGCCUACACCACCAAAAUACUACCUCCAGAAAAGGAAGGCGCCCUCCCACGCCAAGUGGGCAACAAGACUGAGUGCGCUCUGCUGGGCUUCGUGCUCGACCUGAAGCGGGACUUCCAGCCUGUGCGGGAGCAGAUUCCGGAAGAGAAGCUUUACAAAGUGUACACCUUCAACUCGGUCCGCAAGUCCAUGAGCACGGUCAUCCGCAUGCCCGACGGUGGCUUCCGCCUCUUCAGCAAGGGGGCCUCGGAGAUCCUGCUCAAAAAGUGCACCAACAUCCUAAACAGCAACGGGGAACUCCGGAGCUUCCGUCCACGGGACCGGGAUGACAUGGUGAAGAAGGUCAUCGAGCCAAUGGCUUGUGAUGGCCUGCGCACCAUCUGCAUGGCCUACCGAGACUUCUCUACAGGCCAGGAGCCCGACUGGGACAACGAGAAUGAGGUGGUGGGUGACCUCACCUGCAUAGCUGUCGUGGGCAUCGAGGACCCUGUGCGGCCUGAGGUCCCUGAAGCUAUCCGAAAAUGUCAGCGUGCUGGCAUCACGGUCCGCAUGGUGACCGGAGACAACAUCAACACGGCCCGGGCCAUUGCAGCCAAGUGUGGCAUCAUCCAGCCUGGGGAAGACUUCCUAUGCUUGGAGGGGAAGGAGUUCAACCGGAGGAUCCGCAACGAGAAAGGAGAGAUAGAGCAGGAGCGACUGGACAAGGUGUGGCCCAAGCUGAGGGUGCUGGCCCGGUCGUCUCCCACCGACAAGCACACUCUGGUCAAAGGAAUUAUUGACAGCACCACGGGUGAGCAGCGGCAGGUGGUGGCAGUGACUGGGGAUGGCACCAAUGAUGGGCCAGCCCUCAAGAAGGCGGAUGUGGGCUUUGCCAUGGGCAUUGCGGGGACUGACGUGGCCAAGGAGGCCUCCGACAUCAUCUUGACAGAUGACAACUUCACCAGCAUCGUCAAGGCGGUCAUGUGGGGCCGAAACGUCUACGACAGCAUCUCCAAGUUCCUGCAGUUCCAGUUGACAGUCAACGUGGUGGCUGUGAUCGUGGCCUUCACAGGCGCCUGCAUUACUCAGGACUCCCCUCUCAAAGCCGUGCAGAUGUUGUGGGUGAACCUGAUCAUGGACACCUUCGCCUCUCUGGCCCUGGCGACAGAGCCCCCCACAGAGUCACUGCUGCUUCGGAAGCCAUAUGGCCGCGACAAGCCCCUCAUCUCACGCACCAUGAUGAAGAACAUCCUGGGCCAUGCGGUCUACCAGCUCACCAUCAUCUUCACGCUGCUCUUUGUCGGGGAGCUCUUCUUUGACAUCGACAGCGGGAGGGAUGCGCCACUGCACUCGCCGCCCUCUGAGCACUACACCAUCAUCUUCAACACCUUCGUCAUGAUGCAGCUCUUCAACGAGAUCAACGCCCGCAAAAUCCAUGGCGAGCGCAACGUCUUCGACGGCAUCGUCAGCAACCCCAUCUUCUGCACCAUUGUGCUAGGCACCUUUGCCAUUCAGAUCAUUAUCGUCCAGUUCGGCGGGAAGCCCUUCAGCUGUUCCCCACUGUCCACGGAACAGUGGCUGUGGUGCCUGUUCGUCGGCAUUGGAGAGCUGGUCUGGGGACAGGUCAUUGCCACCAUCCCCACCAGCCAGCUCAAGUGCCUGAAGGAGGCAGGCCAUGGGCCGGGCAAGGACGAGAUGACCGACGAGGAGCUGGCAGAGGGGGAGGAGGAGAUUGACCACGCCGAGCGCGAGCUGCGCAGGGGCCAGAUCCUCUGGUUCCGCGGCCUCAACCGGAUCCAGACGCAGAUGGAGGUAGUGAGUACCUUCAAGAGAAGCGGGUCAUUUCAGGGUGCUGUGCGCCGGCGGUCUUCGGUCCUCAGCCAGCUCCAUGACGUAACCAAUCUUUCUACCCCUACUCACAUCCGGGUGGUGAAAGCAUUCCGUAGCUCACUCUAUGAAGGCCUGGAGAAACCGGAAUCCAAGAGCUCCAUCCAUAACUUCAUGGCAACGCCUGAGUUUCUGAUCAACGACUAUACCCACAACAUCCCGCUCAUCGAUGACACGGACGUGGACGAGAACGAGGAGCGCCUGCGGGCCGCCCCGCCUCCGUCCCCCAACCAGAACAACAACGCCAUAGACAGCGGCAUCUACCUGACCACGCAUGCCACCAAGUCAGCUACCUCUUCCGCCUUCUCUUCCAGGCCCGGGAGCCCACUCCACAGCAUGGAGACAUCGCUCUAACCAGGACUCCUCCUGGUACACGCACAUUCGGACUCACACGGUUAUACACACACAUACACACACAGGGCAGCCCACACACCUGCCGAAGAGGGAGACCACUACAGCGGCUGAAGACUUUUCCUGGCAUGGCAUUUGCAAGAAGCCAAAUCCAUCAAAUAAGAGUGCAGCCGGUCCGUCUUCUCAUCCCCAACAGAGGAGGAAGACCAGCAGGGCAGGGGGCGGGGGGUGACGGGGAAGAAGAGGAAGAAAGUCAGUGGUGAGGAGGCCUGCGCUCCCUGCCCUUUACCUAUAGACACGUCUUUUUUUAAUGAGCACGAGCAUGGCAGUUACAUGGAGUGUGCACCGUUUGUGCUGUGCAGUGGGCGGGGCAGCUCAGGCUUGUUGGGCGCUGUUAGCCCCAAGAAGGCGCAAUCACGCUUAACACACAGGCAUCAGGAAUAGGCAGGCCCUCCUCAGGGUCCUGGAGGGUGGCACUGCCCAUACGGGCCACCAGAGGGAGCCACCUGCAAAUGUACCCUCAACCACCAACCAGACCACAGUGCGUGUGUGCGUGUGUGCACGUGUGUGUGUGUGUGUGUGUGUUUAUAUGCAUAUACACACACACAUAUAUAUAUAUAUAUACACAACAAGAUGUGUAGUCCAAGAAUAAGGAGCUAUUUAUUGGCAUGAUAUUUCCAUUCCUCUUAGUGGGUAUUUUCCUUUUGAGAGUUCAUUACUGAAUAUAGCGAGGUUUGUUCAGGGCCACGGACUGCAAGGACAUUUUCCUCCCUAGCCCCGUGCCCCUCAGGACCCACUGCGCCACUGCUGCCUAUGGCCCAGCCCUGACGAGAUGCCCAAGGAGGAGGGUCGGGAGGGUUGCCCGAGGCCUGGAGGCCUUACGACGGGAACAUUUGCACUUCGAGCCCCUGCAUAGAGGAGAAAAAUCUUGCCAUGGAAUUGUCACUGAAAGGUAAAACACCAGUCUUGAUGAGGAUGGCACCGUCCCAUCGACGCUUCGACUGCAAGCCCCACAUUCUGGCUGACACAGAAAGCUGCCAACACCCCAACCUGGAGAGUGUGAAGCGCCCUGUGGCCACACUCACCCCGUCUGACACAAGGGGUGGGGGUGCAGACCCCACUGGCGGCCUGCGGAGCAGAGCUGGCCUGCCCCAUGCCAGGAGCCCGCCUAGGAAGAGGAGUCGUCGAGGCCCGGGAGGCUGCCUGGAGCACAAUCCAGACUCUACCCCUCUUGGCACCCUGGCUGGACUUGCCCUUAAUGUUUUGGCAAUGCCAGGAAGCAGUGACUCGGCCACCCUGGUGUCUGCUGCAGCCUAGGCAGUGCCACCCACCAGAGAUCGCUUCCAAGCCUGGUCUUCUUAUCCGGUGGACAAAUGUGAGCUGCGAAGGCAUGGCCCUGAGUCUGUGCCACUUCUGGCAGCAGCAGAGCAGCCAAGCCUCGUGGGACAAUGGCAUUCCAUUGUUGUCAUGGUCACUCUUACCACACCAGGGGCUCCUCUAGGCCCACUGUGGCUGAGUACGGUGCAGCAGGGCUCAGGCCCAUCCAGGCACCUCUCCUGGCAGUGUGGGCACCCAGUAUGCCAAGCCUCAGUUUCCACAGGAUGAGUGAUAACCUGAGGAAAAGGCAGGGAAGGCAGAGGUAGAGGGACCGGUCUGCUGCCCCCCUGUCCUCCAGGCAACAGGCCUCUUCCCCAUAGAUUGCCAAGCCUCCCCUCUGCCCCCAGGUCUGCUGCAGUGACACUGGUGAAAUGGGCAGCACUUUGCCCAUGAGGUUCCCUGACCUUGUAAGCUCACAGCUGUCACGCUUUGCAGGGCUGGGGCUCAGCUGCAGAUUGGUACCCUCAGAAGCUGGGCCUGUCACCCCACACGCACCCUGCAUCGCCUCCCUAACAUCUGCCCAAAGCCAAACAGAGAUGUCCUCAGUGGCCACCAUUCACAUGAAAGUCGUGUCACCCCUGAGCAGCUGUAGUCAAAUCUCGGGCAAAAGAAUUUCGGUUCGAAUGAAAAUCCCACAUUAAAAUGCCAGCCACAGAUAACUUAAAGCCAUCCCUUUUUUCUAAAGGGCACAUUGAGAAUGUUACCCAUUUGUAAAUUGUCCCCUGAUGUCCUUGUUUAAACCACCACAACCUGAAGGGCAACUCAGUUUCCGGAGGGUCUUUGUGUUCUGAAUCAUGUGUCGGUCAAGGAGGGUCAGCUGCGGAUGGCUGUGCCCUGGGCUUCUUCUCAUUCUCUGUUGUAGACAUCGAUAGAGCAAACCCUCACCAUCACUGCGUCCUGUCACCCAGUGCAAAUGUUGCCUGUGUGGUCCUUAGGGUGCCUUUGAGCUGGGCCGUGGGGUACACAGAAGGGGCACGGUGGACUUGUGAUCUUUCACUCUGGUUCCUGUACAGUCUUCAGGCUGAGGGACUGUCUCAUCCGGAGGCCCCUCUUUCUAAGCAUUAUAUUAUCCGGAAUGGCUUGGUCAACUGUGUUCAGUUAAUAAAUAUGUUUUACAUUUUUAUCUGCCUGUUAUAAAGAUGAACAAAAAAUAUCUUAAUGAGGAAGACCACAGAUACUUACUAAUUUAAAGUCUGUAGUUGAAUUUCCUAAUUUAAACAAUAGACCAAAAUUUCUGUGUAUAAAAAAAAAAUGAA